AUGUCGCUCAAGCAAUCGUUCUCCAAGGCGCUCAAGGAGCUGCGCUUCCACCACUGCCAAACCUCAGAACACAGCGCCGCCGUCCGCUCGUUCCUUACCCAGCAAUACCCUGCCAUGAAGAAGGCCAACCCUCACACCCCCAUCUUGAUCCGCGAAGCCCUUGAAGUCGAGCCGAGAGUCUGGGCCAGAUACGACUUUGGCAAGGAGAAGAGCGCAAGCUUGAAGGGUCUCGACAACAAGGCUAUUGAGAGCAAGAUUGCUGAGCUGGUCCAACAAGCUCAAUAG